CCCAUCUGCGACAUCCCGAGUCAUAACGACAUCAGCCACACUUGCGCAUACACCUCCAACUUUCUCCAAUCGUCAACUCCCUCGUGACGAUCUUAACUACAUAAAUACAACAGCCCGUCUGGCCCCCAAGGUUCUUCCACGUCAGAGACGGUGCAUAAGGCGCGAUCGUCCCGUGUGUCGUCAAAACUUUGACCAAACCACUCAACUUUGGCAAUUUCAUACCACAAACAACAAACAACCUCACACAAUCGAACGAACACAAUGACAGCCCACUUCCAAUCAUCAGGCCGCGGCGGCGCCGGCAACAUCGUCGACAGCUCCAAGUCCCCCCGUCUCCAGCCCGAAGACCUGCAAACACCCACCCUCAAGACGGCCAUGGUGACGACCGGCCGCGGUGGCAACGGUAACAUGGCAAAGAACUUGGAUCCCGUCGAGACGAGGAAGAGGCAAGAUGUUGAGCCUGUCGUCCGCCGCGACUCCUUCGGCGCCACCCACAUCGGCCGCGGCGGCACCGGCAACGUAUUCACCGCCGAAGACGCGCAAGCCGCCCGCGAAGCCCAAAAGGCCGGCCACUCCGUCGCCACCGACAAGGAAGACGAAAACCACCUGCACCUGCACAACCUGCUGCACCCGUCGAGAACACAUAAUGGCCAUAGUGGUGGAAGUCACAAGGAGAAUAAGGAGAGGAGAGCGCCGAGCGCCGAGCGCGAGAGACAUGGCCAUGGCCAUAAGAAGAAUGAGAAGAGCGAGUCGGACCUGGGGUGGGCGGAGAAGGGGAGGAAUUUCCUGUUUGGGAAGAAGGAGAGGUCUGAGAAGAAGGAGGAGAAGGCGGAAAAGAGGGAGGGAAGUGCGGGGAGGAAGAGUGGGAAUAGCUCGUCGUAGGGGGGUGGACUUGGCUUGGUCUGGGUUUUGGUGCGGUUGAGUUGAGGGGGGGUGUACUGAGGGGGGCGCGGCCGAGCUAGGGUGGUGACGGUAUCAGGCUGGACGGCGGGCUGAGCCGAUGACCGGCUACCUUACCAUUACGACGCCCCGCGACCCCCUUUCUAACCUCCUCUCCGAUCUGCCGACAUCUACCGACGUCUGCUUGUUCACGGAAAAGUGGGAUUUCUUUGUUUCAUCACAUUGUUCAUACCCAGGGGUUUU